CGAUUCCAAUUAACCCUAGAGAGGCUAGAAUAGAUCUCAGCUUUCUACAUCUCUAGAUCAGCAUCUCUCGUUCUUUUUGCUUGAGUUCAACGCCACUCUGCUCGGUCAUUAGUUAAUUCUCCUUGAUUUUGUUUGUGGAUUGCUGGGAUUUUGGUAUAGCUUGGAUGGUCUUCAAAAAUGGGUGUUGAUGGAGGAGGAAUUGCAAGUUAACUCCUUCGUGUCACUGUUCAUCUGCGACACUGGAGUGCUUGAUUCUUCUCUGUUGAAGCACGUUUGAUGGCUGGAUUUUGGGGGAUUAUGAGCGACUUGGAUUGAUCUUUAAAGGACUAAAGGUGGAUUCCCGUCCCAUUUCAUGUUUCCUCUGAUUUGAGCAAUUUUUCUGGAUUCAGAGCACUGUUCACAACGAGGUCUGCUCUCCAGAAUUAACAAGGUUCUUUUCUUUUGAUUGCUUCAAUCCUUUGGUUUAUUGGUCGUGUUCUAGGGGGCUUCAAGUUUCUAGUCUUGGUUUUCUGAAUCAAACAAUAGAUUUUAGUUUCCCAUGAAUUAUGGCUUCGUGACAUUGUUCAUGUUUUUUGUUACUGUUCUUUCAACACUGCAAUGUUAACUUUUACCAUGCGAGAGUUCGAAAUUAGGAGUGUGAAGUAUGUUUUGGAUGGAGGAAGUACUACCCAAUUGACAUUACAGAUGAUAUUCUGUUAUAUUCUGUUUCCCUUUUCCACUUACAACUUCUUGUGUUUAGUUUUUGGAAUAAAAUUCUUAACAAUGGGUAUUAAUUUGAGAGUGCUAAGGAAUUUUUGUUUCCUCCUAAUGAAAAAAAGUCUUUGUGAGUUAUUAAUACUAAAGACAUUAGUGUUGGGUGAUAUGAAGUUAGUAUAAGAUAUGAUCCUCUCUCCUCUUUUCCUUCACCACUUCACCUAAAUUUAAAAAUUACUCUUUGCUUUUUCACUACUUUUAAUUUCCCUCCUCUGUCCUUUUUUCGUUCAUUCUCUUGGUUUAUUUUUUACCCAUUGCAUUCAAGAUUUCUUAAGCUAAGUGAUCAGAACAGUGAAAAUAUUGAAUGAUUAUGUGAGCCAUGUCCAACUGCAGGUGCAUAUAAACUCAACAAUGCCCUAAUUACUUUGAAAUUUUAGGAUUCAUGUCUUUAAUAUGGAGGAGUUCAUUUUAUGGCUGGUAUGUUCUAAAUGACCAAGACUUAUGGCUUGUGUGCUAAGUAUCUGUUUUUUGUUUUCUCUUUCGGGUUGCUCUUGCUCACAAAUAUAAAAAAAAGUGAUUAUAAGUUAAUAUAUGGAUUUGAUGUCUGGCGUGCCUAUGUUUCUUCAGAAUUUAUUCUAACGUACAGGUCAACCAUACUAUCUUUGUGCAGAUCACAUAACGUUUUAGAUCAUCCUAAUUACAUUCUGACUUGAUUAUUUGUUUUGCUGGUGUCUUGAUGAUUGUAAGCCUGCUAGCUGAUAAGGUAGCCCUUACGUUAUCUGAUUCCCUAACUGAAAUUUUAAGUUUAACGUCAUGCUCUUACGUGAACUUUCCUUCUCCAAUUGCAAGCUAUGGAAUUACUUCCAAAGAAGAGCAUGGACAUUUUGAAUGAGAUCGGGUAGUACUUGCUAGCCUUUGUAUUUAUACAGAUACAAAUAAAUGAGCGUGUUCAUAAUUAUUUUAGUUAAUUUCUGCCAUAUCUAACUGUUCGAUACUACUUGGUUUUUAAAAGGGAUGUUCCGGAAAUUCUCAAAGGUCUGACAGAAUAGUUCAACAUUGAGAAGUUCCUGGCCAUAUUUUUGGACUCUGGACUUGAGUACAGGUUUUGAAUCAGAAUGUGUGUGACUGUGUGUGCAACAUGGAAACACAAUACUUGAUCCAUCACACUUGUUAUUAGGAUUUUGGAUGUUUACAAUUUGUUGGUCAUUGUUUAUUAGUGUGUGUUAGUGUAUUUGUAGUAAUUAGUAUGCAUGUAACCAUCUUUAUGAUUCGGUAUUGGACACUUUUGUACGUUUACUAAUUUGGGAAAAACCUUCCAAGAGGACGAUGGUGCAGACACACAGCAACGCAAAUUUAGGUACUAGAGCCCCCCACCAGGGCAAGAACAGCGCCACCGGAGGCCGGCACCCUCCUAUCAUCCAGAGGGUCGGAAUCACGGCGGAACAAUUCAAGGAGGUGCUGGCAGCUCUGACACCCAAUCGCGAGAUUGUGGUAGAAGACGCGACCGGAGAACCCCCAGGCGGGAAGGCUGGACUUGCGGACUCGUGGGGAAAGAAAAAGAAGAAGGUAAGGCGGUCCCAAAAGAAGAAGGCGACCAAGCCCAACGGGAAAGCAAGGGUGGAGAAUGAACUGUCCAGACUGGACGAGGAAGAUGAAUCGUCCUCCUUUGAGCGGGCGUCAGCCUUCGAUUGGUUGGGGGACCCCAAGUCAAAGAAGCCCCGAACCUCAGCGUUCGAGCGGCUGCAGCACACACAGUCGGCUCGCAAGGGCGACCUGAGAGAGACACUCAAGGAGAGGAGAGGAGAAUCCUCAGCGACUUCCAAGAUCGGCUCGGAAGAGCGACGAAAGGCGAUCGAGGACAAGGAAGCGGUCGAGUUGUGGAGGACGUACGAGCGAUUGGAGAAGCGGCUGGAUGCCCAAAACCCGUACCGCCAGGCGGUCUUCAGCGAAGUAAUGCCCUUUUCCAGAAGGAUAAUGUCUUGCCCUCUCCCGGACAAUUUUAAGACUCCACAGGUCAAAGCAUACAACGGGACGACCGAUCCCCAGGAUUACCUCGCUCGCUUCGGGGCGAACGUGGUUAUGUAUGCAUACCCCGAAGAAAUUAAGUGCCGGUGCUUCCUGGCAACAUUGGAAGGGCAAACUUGUGAAUGGUUCCAUAAGUUGCCCAAAGGGUCUAUUGACAAGUGGAGCGACCUGGCCAACAAAUUCUUGGAGCACUUCGCGUCCAGCAGGAGGCAAAAGCUCCCAUUCUCACACCUGCUCAAUGUGAAAAUCCGGAAGGGGGAGCAACUCCGAGAAUUUAUCAACAGGUGGGAGAAGGAGGCUAGGGACGUCCAUGGGGCGGAGGAUCAGGCCUUGAUCGCUAUGCUCCAAGCGGCACUCCCUCAAGGGGAUGUGCGCAAGGAGCUGCGACAAAAUCCGCUCUUGACCUACCAUGAGAUGCUAGCCAGGGCGAAGUAUCUGGCGUUUGAAGAAGAAGAAAAUGACGAGCCACCUGUCCAGAAGGAGAAGAAGAGCGGGCAGCCUGUGGCCAAACCCUACAGGUACAGUGAAUACCAUCGUAACAGCACCCACAACACGUCAGAGUGCGUUACGUUGAAGAAGGAAAUGGACCAGCUGAUCGCUAAAGGACCGCCUCCUCGGCCAGAGCGACCAACAUCGGGUAACCGGACCAGGAGGAGACCGGCGGCCCCCGUCGCAUCGAUUACAGCAGGGGAUGGGCAGGAGGAUGGAACACGACAUCUGGGGAGAGACUGCGACGACCUAGAUGAGGAAGAAAGGCAGAACCGCCAACACUUGGGGUGUCGGUUCAUUAUAGGUGGCAAUACCGGAGGGGACUCGGCGUCCUCAAGGAAGAAAUGGAAGAACACGGUGCACCUAGCCGAGGUGCAAAGACCACCGCUGCCCAAGCAAAAGAAGAAGGAACCUUUGGUCUUCACAGAUGAAGAUUACCCGCUAGUUCUCAGCCCCCAUCGGGAUGCGCUGGUAAUAAAGGUGGAGAUCAAUAACGUGGUCGUCCACCGCACAUUGGUCGAUACUAGUAGCUCGGUCAACAUCAUGUACAGCAACACCUUCAAGGAGCUGGGAUUGUCCCGGGGCGACCUGAAGCCAAUCUGUACCCCGCUGUUAGGAUUUACGGGGGACACUAUCGAAGCAGAAGAAACCAUCACAGUGAAGGCUGGGUUUAUCACCCCCACCGGGGUAGGAGUGGCUAGAGGGAAUCGGAGUUUGUCCUGGUCGUGCUAUGUCACGGCGACCAAGAGCCAAGCACGGGUUGAUGAGAAUGUUAGCACGAUCUGUGCUACCAUACAGAAGGAAGAGGGACGACCCAGAGCAGAGCCGGCGGAGGAGGUAGAAGAAGUCGCUUUGGACCCAGCCAAGCCGGAGCAGAAGGUGAAGAUAUGUAAGACCCUACCACUUAGGUUGAAGGAGCAGCUAGUGGGCGUUCUUGGUUCGUUCAAAGUGCUGUUUGCCUGGGGUCCAGAGGAUAUGCCUGGGGUCGAUCCACGAAUCAUUUUCCACAGAUUGGCAGUGGAUCCGACCCACAGGCCGGUCAAACAGAAGAAGCGUUUCCUUUCCUCGGAGAGAAGAGACUUUGUCACUAAGCAGGUGACAACCCUGUAGUCCAUCGGGCACAUCCUGGAAGUC